GUUGUUGGAUGGAUGACUGCCUCUCUUCUUCGGUUUGCAUGCGGCAUUCCAACGGAGAGGAUGAUGAAUAAUGCACCCUUGAAGCAAAGUUAAAGGGUGUUUUAGUAAAUUUACUUUCUCCGAACAGGGCCAAAGGUGUUGGAAUCUGAAAGUUAAGGGGUCUUUGUCGCGAAUGAAUGCUUGACGGUGGACCAAGUAUCACUACCUCGAAAGUACAGGAACAAAAUGGGAGUAAAAAACCUAUGGGAUAUCUUGGAAUCCUGCAAGAAGAUUCUUCCUCUUCACCACCUCCAGAACAAGAGGGUCUGCAUUGAUCUUUCAUGCUGGAUAGUUCAGCUUCAUAACGUCUGCAAAUCUCACUCCUGCAUUAAGGAUAAGGUUUAUCUGAGCGCUCUAUUCCAUCGCCUUAAAGCCCUCAUUGCCUUGAAUUGUAGCCUUAUAUUUGUAACAGAUGGAUCAAUUCCUGCCAUCAAAAUGUCUACUUACAGACGGCGUUUGGGGUCAGAAAAUGAGGCUACUCGAGAUGAGAUGAACUUACAGAAGGUUUCUUCACUUCCUCGAAAUAUGGGAUCUGAGUUUUCUUGUAUGAUAAAGGAGGCAAAGGUCCUUGGCAUGGCACUUGGAAUCCCAUGCUUAGAUGGGCUUGAGGAAGCUGAAGCACAGUGUGCCUUACUGGACGCAGAAUCAUUAUGUGAUGGAUGUUUCAGCACAGAUUCAGAUAUCUUCCUCUUUGGUGCGAGGACAGUUUACAGAGAUAUCUGCCUAGGGGAAGGUGGUUAUGUUGUUUGUUAUGAAAUGGUGGACAUAGAAAGAAAACUUGGAUUUGGAAGAAACUCAUUGAUUACACUGGCCCUUCUUCUUGGAAGUGACUAUUCUCAGGGAGUUCAUGGGUUUGGCCGUGAGACAGCAUGCCAGAUUGUUAAAUCAGUUGGGGAUGAUAGUGUUCUUCAGCGUAUUGCAUCAGAGGGAUUGGCAUUUGCAAAGAAGAUGAGAGGGCCAAAGAAACAGAGUCAAGCUUUAAAAUGCAACACGAAUCAAGAGAAUGAUUUGGUUCAUAAUGUGAAUAUUGCAAGUGAGAAAAACCAACAAUGGGAUAAUCAGUUCUUGCAAGUGAUUGAUGCAUAUCUAAAACCAAAAUGCCACUCAGCAGAUUCAGAGGCUGUUCAUAGGGUUCUUGGUCAAUAUCCAUUUCAGCGCUUUAAGCUCCAUGAGAUAUGUGCCCAAUUCUUUUGCUGGACUCCUGAGAAAACAGAUGAGUAUAUCUUACCUAAGAUUGCCGAGAGAGACUUGCGGCGUUUUGCCAACCUGCGUGCAACUUCAUCAGAACUUGGAGUUCAGCUUCCACUUUGUGAGUUACCAGUUAUCUGCCCUAUCUCUGCAAUUAUCAAGCACAGAAGAAUGCGGGGAAGAGACUAUUACGAAGUAACCUGGGAAGAACGGGAUAGGCUACAAACUUCUAUAGUCCCUGCUGAUCUUGUAGAAAGUGCUUGCCCUGAAAAGAUAGUGGAGUUUGAGAACAGAAGAGCCCUAGGGAAGAAAAAGAACCAUAAACCAAGGUCAAAGAAAGCAGGAAAUAGCACUGCUGUGAGUGAAAUUGAUCAAAAGCUGCAAAAUUUGUUGCUUGAUGCAGAACCAGGGAGAAAUGAUAUCUGUAAUGCUAUCGUUUAUUAUCCCCAAGGGUGUACGAGCAACGUCCUACCAGAAGUCAUUGAUCUCUCAGGCAGCACCCAACCAGAAGUAAUUGAUCUAUUACAAAGCAACAAACCAGAAGUCAUUGAUCUCUUAAGCCCUUCUCCUGUCAAAGCAGGCAAGCGUCAAGAGGUUAUAGAACGACAGAUUGAUGUAAUUUGUUUGAGUGACUCAGAAACUGAUACCUCAUCUCUAGAAAAUGAGGAUGAAGAAAGAGGGCUGAGUUUAUUUAUAGCUAAUAAAAAGGAAGAUCUCCCUGGCUUCCGUGAUUGAAACGUGUUUCAGUGUUUGGAGUGAAAGAGUAUUGCGUCUUCCUUUACCUUUUUGCUUUAUUAUCUUCUUGUUUUGUAGUUUUUUUUUUUGUUUUAUUUUGCCUUGUUUUUGUUUUUUGAGGGGGGGGGGGUGAUGCAAUUGUAAUUUGUAAAUAUUUUGAUCUUGUAUCAUUUUGAGCAUCUAAAACUAUUGUAAAGCUGAUACUUACCUUGGUUUUAAAAGUCAAAUCUAAUUUUAUAAUGUCAAACUUA